AUGCGCGCGCUGUCCCCCGCGCUCCCCAACCCCUACACCCUCCCGCUCGCACUCCGAGCCGCGCGGUCCACGCGCCUCGCCCCCGCCGUCCACGCCCACGCGCUCCACCUCGGCCUUCACGCCCACCCGGACGUCGCCGGCCAGAUCCUCGCCGCCUACGCCAGGCUCGGCCGCGCGGCUGACGCCCGCCACGUGUUCGACGCAUUGUCGGUCAGGAGGACCACCCUCUCCUGGAACACGCUCAUCUCCGCGUACUCGAUCGGAUGCGACCCCGACGCGGCGAGAGGCGCGUUCGCGCACAUGGUGGCGCGCGGGGCGUGGCCGGACGCCGUGACAUGGACCACGCUGCUCUCGGCGCAUGCCAGGUGUGGGAGGCACCCGGAGGUUCUCGAACUGUUCACGGAUAUGCAUGACAGCGGGUGUGACGGCAAUGCUGAGGCGGUCGCGGUGGCACUCUCGGCGUGUCCGUACGCCGGCGGCACUGCAUUGGCGAAAGGGAUGUCGAUACAUGCCUAUGGCUUUCUGAAGGGCGUCGUCCAUGGCUACCUGUUCGUCACCAACUCAUUGGUGUGCAUGUACGGCAAGCUUGGAGAGAUAGAGGAGGCCGAGAAGGUGUUCCAGGAAGCCAGAGAGAAGAAUGCCGUGACAUGGAAUGCUCUCAUCACCAGCUAUGCGGCCGCUGGGAUGUGUAACAAGGCACUUGAUGUGCUUGCUCGGAUGGAACGAGGCGGCAUUGUUGUGCCCAAUGUCGUGAGCUGGAGUGCUGUCAUCGGUGGCUUUGCGUCUUCAGGGAACGUGGAGCCAGCACUGGAGCUGUUCCGGCAAAUGCAACAACGGAGGCUUCCACCGAAUGUGAUCACAUUAGCAACUGUUCUUUCUGCUUGUGCCGAGCUACUGGCAUUGCGGUUGGGCCAGGAGGUCCAUGGUCACACAAUCAAAACAGUCCUAGACCGGCACUCUUUGGUGCAGAACGGGGUCAUCAACAUGUAUGGAAAGUGUGGGAGGGUGACUGCUGCACGCAAAGUGUUCGAUCAGAUGAAGAGCAGGGACUUGAUUUCAUGGAACUCGAUGAUUGGGAGUUACGGCAUGCAUGGUUUGUGCGAUGAAGCCCUUGCAAUAUUCGAAGACAUGGCCAGAGCUAUGAUUGAGGCUGACGGCGUCACAUUCGUUGCUGUGCUCUCCGCGUGUAGCCACACAGGGCGUGUGGCAGAGGGCCGUCGUUUGUUCAAUCAGAUGGUAAGGGAGCACAAAAUUUCCCCAUCCAUGGAGCACCACACCUGCAUGGUUGACCUCCUGGGGCGUGCUGGCUUGCUGAAAGAUGCGUCUGAGCUCAUUGAGACGAUGCCAAUGAGACCUGACUUGUGCGUGUGGGGAGCGUUGCUCAACUCUUGCAGGAUGCAUGGGAAUGCAGGCAUGGCUGAAGCUACCAUCGCUAAGGUUUUGCAAGCUGAAACAGAGACCACCGGGAAUCACAUACUGAUCACCAACUUGUACGCCACUUGUGGGAUGUGGGACGAAUCAAAGAGGCCGGGAACACGCCUCUGCCUGAAGCUGCGGAGAUCUUCAGGGUGCUCGACGAUCUAUAUGGAGAAAUGGAAGACGAGAAACAGGGGCGUGUGA